GGAUCUAGGGGCCGGAACCAAUCCCGAGGGGGUCGGGCUCCACCCUAGCUACAAUGUAGCUCCGCCCCUGAUUAUAAGACACAUUACGGAACAUAUUAUCCAUUAUAUGAGCAUAAUCAUCAUACUUCACUCUGAUAGAAUUUCAAAACAAAUCAAAACAGAUCGAGUUAAAACAGGUCAAAUCGGAAUUGUUAGAUACCUCGGUGAAUCGGUUCGCAAGGCAAAGCGGCAAAUAGGGACGUAGGGUCCGUGAGCGAACCCCGUUUAUUCAUUCAUUAGGUGUCAUCCUCAAUGUUUGCCUUUUCCCCGACCUCUCCCUCUCUUCCCCCAACCCUACAAACUACUAAAUCAUCACUUUCCACCCUCUUUAUUUUCCUAUAUAGCUCCACAUCUUUUUCUCCUCAUAAUCUGCGCUCCUUCUCCAUCUCCUCAUAUAUCUCCCGGCUUCCCAGGUGAUCAUCAACGUCGUCGUUUGCCCGAUGGAGCUACAGCUGGGUCUCUCUCUCCCCACCGCCGUCACGGCUGCGCCUUUCGACUUGAACGGCGGCGCGGAGCUCCAACAGAAGCAUUACUAUGAUAACAAUAACAAUGCAAAUAAGCGUGGCUUUGACAUGGCCUUUCCCUGCACCACCACCACUAAGGCCGAAUCAUAUGACGUGGACGACGCCAGCGACAUUAGGUCGUCGCCGGAGACGAUAACACUGCCUCUGUUUGUGUGGAGUGCCGACGGCGGCCGGGAGGAGAACAACUUAUCUCCUCAUGGUGAUCGUUUCCUCCGAAUCCGCAGUGACGUUAAUUAUGAUUACAGGAACGAGGAGAAGGAGGAUGACGACGACGAGCUGCAAAUCGUAGGAUGGCCACCGAUCAGAUCGUGGGGGAGGAACAAGUUCGAUGAGGGCAAUCGGAAUAUCUAUGAGAAUACAAUCGGUUGCGGAUUAGAAGAGGCUAAUAAUAAUUAUGAUGAUUAUGAUGGCCGCGAUAAUAAUAAUAAUAUUACUAGAUCGAUAAUGUCGAUGAACGGCUCCAGAUCCAGUAGGUUUGUGAAGGUGAAGAUGGAAGGCGUAGGCAUCAUACGGAAGAUCGAUCUCAGCAUCUACCAUUCCUACCCUGCCCUCAUCCGCUCCUUGCUGAUCCUCUUCUCCAAACAUUGCCAAAACAGUAGUAGCGAUGAUGACGAAGAUAGCGGGAAAAAAUAUACGCUGAUGUAUCAAAACAAGGCUGGAGACUGGAUAACAGCUGGAGACGUUCCAUGGCAGAAAUUUAUUCGAUCUGUGCAGCGUAUUGAGAUACUCAUGAGAUGAUGUAAAUGAGCGUUGUGGAAAUUUAAAGCAAUGUACGUACGUAGCAGCUGGAUGAAGAAAAUGAUCGAUGAUGCGUGGCAGAUAUAUAUUUGUUCUUUAGUACCUGACGGAGCUACCCAAACAAUUAAUAGUUAUUGUAGGUUAAUUUAUAUUACUACCGGAUCUACAUUUAUCAAUUACUCUAAUUCGUCUUCGUUAAUGUUACAUUUAUGCGUCAAAGCUUUUCCCGUACUAGUAUUUUUCCUUGUAUUAGUAAUUGACGUAUCUAGGGUUUCUUACAAUGUUCAAACUUCAAUUCUUCAAACACAUUUUUUUCAUAUUCUACAUUAUCCUGAAAUGUGUUCAUUAUACAAACACUAUGAAUAUCUCUCUCAUACAUCCUUCUAAUUUCUAAAUGUAAAGGAAAGACGUAAAGAUUAGGUGGGAAAUGCCAAAAAAAAAACUUUUUACAAAAAUUAUGUCAGGCAUUUCAUGAUUAAAGAUGAAAUAAAUUAUCAUAUUGAAUAAAUAUAACAUAUUCUG